GAAUCCCCUCAGAGGAAAUGUAGACACAGACUCGCACGGGGCUCCGCACUCGCCCGUAUCGCUCCACUUUGAUUCUUUAGGCAAUAAUAAUAAUAACAACAAUAACAACAUGAAGGUGACCAGCAUCGACUGCCGGCGUCUGAGGAAGAUGAUCAGGAAGGAGAGUGGGAGCUGCCUUAUUGUGGAUUGCCGGCCGUAUUUCUCCUUCACCAACUCCAGCAUCGGAGGCUCCGUCAAUGUCAACCUCAACUCGGUGGUGGUCCGGAGGUCCCGGGGAGGACCGCUGCCUCUGCAGUUCGUCAUCCCGGACGAGAGAGCACUCUUCCGGCUGCGGGAGGGCAGCAUCUCGGCGAUCGUAGCCGUGGAUGACCGGACGUCCCACUGGCAAAAGCUGAAAAAGGACAGUGUAGCACAAAUGGUGAUAAACACGCUCUCGCAUCUGGCGAGCGGAGCCAACAUCUGUUUCCUGAAAGGAGGAUUCGAGAACUUCCACUCUCAAUACCCUGAACUUUGCACUGAGGUGAAAACCAUCGACCAGAGCGGAACUGAAACCGAGAAGAGAGUCAACACCCACAGCGAGAAGCUCUCUCACCACAAACCAGAUUACGAUCAGGGUAAACCUGUAGAGAUCCUGCCUUUCCUCUACCUCGGUAGUGCCUACCACGCCUCCAGACAGGACUAUCUCAGCGACCUUCACAUCACGGCCUUGCUCAACGUGUCACGCAGGGACCUGCAGCCCACCAAGGGCCACUACGACUACAAGUGGAUCCCCGUGGAGGACAGCCACAUGGCCGACAUCAGCUCCCACUUCCAGGAGGCCAUAGAGUUUAUCGAUCACGUGAAGCAAUCAGGGGGGAAAGUUCUUGUCCACUGUGAAGCAGGCAUCUCACGCUCCCCUACCAUCUGCAUGGCCUACAUCAUGAGGACGCAGCAGCUGCGACUGGAUGCGGCCUUUGACAUCAUCAAGCAGCGCCGAGAUGUCGUCUCACCCAAUUUUAGCUUCAUGGGUCAGCUGCUGCAGUUUGAGUCCGAGGUCCUCUCCAUGGCUCCGGCUCACGCUGCCACACCUGAACCAGCCACACCCUGCGUCCCGGAGUCUGCAUCCUUUUUUGCCAACGACUUCACCACCACCUUCAACACCAAAAACUUUGAGCCAUCCGUGAUCUCCCUCCCUACCUCUUACCUGCAGUCCCCAGUCCACCACCAGUUCAAACUGAGCCCAAUAACUGCACUGCCUUAAAAUGAACUUUGACUGCUUGUAGUCUUACUUGAAAAAGUUUUAAGAAUUGCUCUGUGUGCCUGGUGUGGAAACCAGUAGAUAGACUGAGGUCAGAUAAUAGAGUUCUGUCUAUGGGACUUGAGGCCUAUAGGCCUUUUUCACAGCAGACUUUGUGACUUGUCACAGUAGGAACUGUUCCUGAUGACAUUAACAAUGGGUAAUUGUAAAGCCUACUAAGUGAAUGGCCUACAGCAGCCACUGAUGCCGUUUCCCUUCCUUCUGAACUGCAGAGAUGAAACCACACAGCACACUUAUAAACUGCAAUAUACAUGACUUAGGUAGUUAUUGUGAUUUAUUUGCCUAUUCACAAAUUAAGUCAUGCAUUUGAAUUUAAUUUAUUUGAAGAAUUGCUGUCUGUCUGAUCUUUUUCAAUAAUGUGGAUAUGAGUAUGUGUUUAAUAAAUGUUUUCAACACAAAAA